AUGCAGCUAAACCCAAGCCGAGAAAGACGGAACUGCACGUUGAAAAGAUACUCGGGCGUUGACAGGUCGUUGACGUCCAAGUACAUUCUCAAGCCCUUUUACACCCAUGUCGUCAUCAAGUGCUUCCCCAUGAGCAUGGCGCCCAACCUCAUCACCCUCACUGGCUUCAUGUUUGUCGUCGCCAACUUCCUCACCCUCCUCUGGUACAACCCCACGCUCGAUCAGGACUGCCCUUCCUGGGUCUACUACUCAUGGGCUGUCGGUUUGUUCCUCUACCAGACCUUUGAUGCCGUGGACGGUGCUCAAGCUCGACGAACCAAGCAAAGCGGCCCCCUCGGCGAAUUGUUCGAUCAUGGCGUCGAUGCCCUCAACACCUGUCUCGAGGUCCUUAUCUUUGCUGGGUCGCAAAACAUGGGUCAGAGCUGGUACACCGUAGCCACCCUCUUUGCCUCUCUCCAGACUUUCUACGUCCAAACCUGGGAUGAAUACCAUACCAAGACCUUGACCCUCGGCAUCGUCAACGGGCCCGUCGAGGGCAUCUUGGUCCUCGUCGGCGUCUACGCCCUAACCGGCUACAAGGGUGGUGCCUCCUUCUGGCAGCAGCCCAUGCUCCCAACCCUCGGCGUGUCCUCCGCCAUUGCCCCGCUGCCCGAGAAGAUCUACAACUUCUCCUUCACCGAGUGGUACAUGGUUCAGGGCACCAUCGUCCUGGUCUGGAACACUUUUGAAUCGGCCCAAAACGUCAUCCGCGCCCGUCGCGCCCGCGGCGAUCGCUCCCGAGGCGCCCUCCUCGGCCUCGGGCCCUUCUUCGCCAUCUGGUCCCUCGUCGUCACCUACCUCUACCUCCAGCCCACCAUCCGCACCAACCAUCUAGUUCCCUUCGCCAUCUUUGCUGGCGUCGUCAACGCUUACUCCGUCGGCCAGAUGAUCACCGCCCACCUCGUCCUACUCAAGUUCCCCUACUUCAACGUCCUCGGCUUGCCGCUCCUCUUUGGCGUCGUCGACAGCCUCGGUCCCAUCCUCCAGGCCAACUUCGGCUUCGGCUGGCCCAGCGCCCUCGGGGACGGCGUUUACCAGGUGGCCUUCAUGUUCUGCAUGCUCGGUGCAGCCAUUGGCGUCUACGGCUCCUUCGUCGUUGACGUCAUCGUCACCUUGUGCGACUACCUCGACAUCUGGUGCCUGACCAUCAAGCACCCCUACAUCGAGGGUGAGACCAACAAGAAGGCCGCAUAA